AUGAGGCUGAGCUGGGUCCGGGUCCUGACAGUACUGUCCAUCUGCCUGAGCGCCGUGGCCACGGCCACGGGGGCCGAGGGCAAAAGGAAGCUGCAGAUCGGGGUCAAGAAGCGGGUGGACCACUGUCCCAUCAAAUCGCGCAAAGGGGAUGUCCUGCACAUGCACUACACGGGGAAGCUGGAAGAUGGGACAGAGUUUGACAGCAGCCUGCCCCAGAACCAGCCCUUUGUCUUCUCCCUUGGCACAGGCCAGGUCAUCAAGGGCUGGGACCAGGGGCUGCUGGGGAUGUGUGAGGGGGAAAAGCGCAAGCUGGUGAUCCCAUCCGAGCUAGGGUAUGGAGAGCGGGGAGCUCCCCCAAAGAUUCCAGGCGGUGCAACCCUGGUGUUCGAGGUGGAGCUGCUCAAAAUCGAGCGACGAACUGAGCUGUAACCAGACUGGGGAGGGGCAGGGGGAGAGGCCCCCAUCAGGGACCAGACUGUUCCAAAAAACAAACAAAAAAACACUUAAAAGCCCAA